UUCCUGGAACUUUGACGCAAUUUGCAAAUGGCCGUGAAAAGGAUCUUCGAGGGUGUAUGAGUAGUUAAUGGUGGAUGAAUUUGUGAUAAAAACUAGUGAAUAAUACAUAUUUCUGUGAGGUGUUGUCGAUAAGAUACAAAAUGUGCCAAAAAGUGAGAAUCCAGUCUUAAUAGUGCUACAGGAAGCGCCCGAUAACCGCUAGGACGGACUACGAGACUAGCUAGCAGAAGGGUCCGUGCGUUGCGUAGUGAACGGACGCGGCGCGUGGAGGCGACACGGUACUACAGGGCUGGUGUUGGUGAGCCAGCAACAUGAACGAAUUGGACAGCCUGCGCCAGGAGGCGGAGACCCUCAAAAAUGCUAUUCGGGAUGCUCGGAAGGCGGCGUGCGACACGUCUCUCGCACAAGCGACGGCCAACUUGGAGCCCAUCGGGCGUAUACAGAUGCGUACGCGGCGCACCCUGCGCGGACACCUCGCCAAGAUCUACGCCAUGCACUGGGGCAGCGAUUCCAGGAAUCUGGUGUCGGCCAGUCAGGACGGCAAGCUGAUCGUGUGGGACAGUCACACGACGAACAAGGUGCACGCGAUACCGCUGCGCUCCUCGUGGGUGAUGACAUGCGCGUACGCGCCGUCCGGGUCGUACGUCGCUUGCGGUGGGCUCGAUAACAUAUGCUCGAUUUAUAGUUUGAAGACGCGUGAAGGCAACGUGCGCGUGUCACGAGAGCUGCCCGGCCACGCGGGCUACCUCUCCUGCUGCCGGUUCCUCGACGACAACCAGAUACUCACCAGCUCGGGCGAUAUGACAUGCGCGCUGUGGGACAUCGAGACCGGGCAGCAGUGCGGGCAGUUCACCGGGCACACGGGCGACGUGAUGUCGCUGUCGCUGGCGCCCGACCAGCGGACGUUCGUGUCGGGCGCCUGCGACGCCUCCGCCAAGCUCUGGGACAUCCGCGACUGCCAGUGCAAGCAGACCUUCCCGGGGCACGAGAGCGACAUCAACGCGGUCACGUUCUUCCCGUCGGGCUUCGCGUUCGCGACCGGCUCUGACGACGCCACGUGCCGCAUGUUCGACAUCCGCGCCGACCAGGAGCUGGCGAUGUACUCGCACGACAACAUCAUCUGCGGCAUCACCUCCGUCGCGUUCUCCAAGUCGGGCCGGCUGCUGCUCGCCGGCUACGACGACUUCAACUGCAACGUGUGGGAUUCGAUGAAGAGCGAGCGCGCCGGUAUACUCGCCGGUCACGACAACCGCGUCUCGUGCCUCGGCGUCACCGAGAACGGCAUGGCCGUCGCCACCGGAUCGUGGGACUCCUUCCUCCGCAUCUGGAACUAAAUAUCCCCCUACACAUCCCCCUCCCCCCUCCCUUUCAACACUCCAACCUUGUAUGCGCGUCUCAACAAAAUGGCCGCCAACGGGCCACGCCAAAAUGGCGCCUUUUAUAUCUAAAUUUAAAAUGUUUAGCGCGCGAGUUUCGAAUUUUAAAACGUGUGAAUGGGUCGCGCUUGUCUUAUAAAUAUUUCAAUUUUAUAGGCAGCAAACGUUCGGUUUUAACUUAUUGGAAUAUGAACUUUGACACGUCAAAUGUAAAGUGCAAAUUUCAACGCGGUUGAAUCGCGAUGAAGCCCGUAAUUUUGCAGUAUUUAAGCUUAACUGAUCUGAUUUGCAGUUUUCGACUACGCAAAUGAUUUUACUCUACGAACCCUGUAUUACUUAUGUUGCGUGUCAAAACGUUUAUAGGGGGUUCGGUCGACACAGUAAUCGCUUUAUUUAUUUGUAACGUAGUGGAUAAUUUUUAAAGUGGAAGCAUUUACGAGUUAGAGGGGAAUAUAGUUUGAGUGUGUGCGUGGCAAACGUAUGUGUGUAUCACGAUCCAUAUUCACGUUAUAUUUACAUAUUACGUAUGCGUUAAAUGUUAAGUAAAUAGCGUAGCACCUAAGCCUAUCCCUGGAGGGCGGUCCCUGCUGUUUUGUGUUUCUGUGACUUGAUAUUCGUCGCACAAUAGUGAAUUAUAUAAGUUUAAAAAAAGAACUAAAAGAACCAAAUACUAUUAUUAAUGUAUCAGUGUAAUUUAUUGAAUGGAAAUUUAAUUUGUGUCAUUUAUAUAAAAAUUGUAAUUCUAACGGUUGGAGCUAAUCUAUGAUUAAUUUUAUAAUUGUAUUGUAAUUAGUAAUCGCCCGAAUAAUGUUUAAACUCGGGGGUUAUAAUGCAGA